AUUGACAAACCCGAUUAUACAAUUAUGUUAGAAUUUCACACCUAUUAUUCGAAGCCAGUCUAAUUAUUAUUCGAAGCCAGACUUAUUGGCGCAGAUCCAUUCGCUUACGUCUAGUCGACUUGUGAAAAAUAUCAACAGUCAUGCGUGUAUUUAUAAUAACUCUUAGUGUGUUCUUUAAUCCACUUUAGUUAUCGAAAAUGAAAAGCUAUGCACAAUGUCCGAUUUUGUUAUGGUAUUGCUUGAAGAUGACAGCAAUUAUUUUCAUACAUACCGUAUAUAUGAAUUUGUCAAAACAUCCAAUACAUUUUUUUCAUUAAUUGUAACGCUACAUGAGAGCCUUUAUCCUAAUCGAAAAUACCAGAGUUUAGCUGUAAAUACCGAAGUGACAACACGGCCAUUAUCAAGGCUUUGCGCGAAACGAAACAAUACAUAAUGUAGAAUAAAAUGCAAGCAUUUAUGUCUUCAAUGUCAAUACAAUAAUUUUUACACAUCUUUUUUUUAAUUUAUUUUUUCUCAAUUGAUUACAGGAAGUAAGUGUGUUGUAAACGGUAGUUUUGCUAUAAUUAGUCAAAGUGGAGUAGUUUUCGUCUAUCACAAUAUUCCGAUUUCGAUUAUUCGAACCCAUUGAUUAUUCGAAGUAUAUAUCCAGUCCCAGGCACUUCGAAUAAACAGGGUUGGACUGUAGUUGAAAUCGUGAAUUCGUGAAGCUGAAAUAGUGAAUUCACAAAGUUGAAUUGUGAUGGUGAAAUCGUUAAUUCGUGAAGUUGAAAUCGUUAAUUCAUGAAGUUGAAAUCGAGAAUUCAUGAAGUUGAAAUCGUGAAUGCGUGAAGUUGAAGAAAUGUCCUCAUCGGUCUUUCGUAACUAAUUCAUAUCGUAUGGACUUUUGUUACAAGAAUAUAUAUGAUACUGAGGCCUCAAACAUUUUGAUUUCUUCCAGAAUGUUUCCCAUUUCAGCUGAAUAAAAACGGAGUUUGAUGCAAUGAUUCAGAAGCGUUGUUAGGAGGUUGUCGAACUUACAUAUAGGAUAUAGUUAUCGUAUAUUAUUUGUCGUUUAAAAGGUGAUAUAGGAGUGUUGUUGCUAAGAAACAGGUUUGGAAAAAAUGGUCUCGGAAGAUUUUGAGAGCAGGUUAGCAUUGACCAGGUGUAUAGGUAUACUUGGUGGGAUAACGUUGGUUGUCUCGAUUGUUGCCAUAGCGAUUGGUAUGGUUUCCAUCUCUGUGACGCAAGAGCAAUGGGAAUUUCCGUUUACUGUCGGCGGGGCCAUGAUUGCGGGAAUAUUGACAUUGUUACUGUCGUGCUGUCCAAUAACAUUGUAUUGUGAAGACAGAAAAUCAGAAGUUCCAAGCUACACGACAGAGUGUUUUAGUUGUUGCACAACGUUAAUGGUAAUCUGGUGUGGUAUUACCAUAUUAGCUGUCAGUUUUGCGUUUGGACUUUCUGGGAUAUAUGGCGUAGUUUCGUGUUCUAAUGAAGAAUUAAAGCUAAAAGCAUGUUCCAGUGCUGCUGAAUCUAAAAUGGCAAUUUCUAUUGUGACAAUAAUACUGACUUUGAUGUUAUUCAUUUUGUCAUUGGCAAUAUUUUUCACGUGCUGUUGCAACGCUUCAACAUUUGGUGUGCCUUUACUGAAUAGUUCACAUAAUUGCAUGGAAAGCGGCGAUACAUUCCAUGGGUUUGACAAUUACCACAUUGAACCAAGUCCUCCGUACAUCGACCGACAGAUCUACAAUCGGCAGCAGCAAGAACAUGCCAUACAGGAAACAUUGUCUGAGGCUAGAAUAAAUCACUUUCGUUCUCCAUCAUACAAUAGUAAUAAUGACAAUAACAUGCAAGUAUACGAGUCUUCUGCUCCAGACAUUAGUGAGGUGGUAGGAGAAACUGGACCAAAUUCUUCCGCUAAGAUUGAAAGCCAACUUGAUGAUCCACCACCUUCAUAUGAUGAAGUUAUGAAGAAAGAACAGACUGACGUUUUAACUGUUUAGUGAUGCUUGUCAUAGAAUAAAGUGCAUAUAUUAAAAAAAUAUGAUGAAUUU